UUCUCUGUCUUUUUCUCGUAAAAUCAUGGCUCUUAUUCUUGGUAGUGGUCACUCAGAUGGUCCCACCACUCAACGGGAGAGAAGGAAAGAAAAAAUUGGUCGUGCUAGUGUAAAUUAUCACCCUAGUAUCUGGGGUGAUCGCUUCAUUGCAGCCUCUCAAGAUGACAAGGUGCUUGAUCCAUGCACUAAGCAACAUGCUGAAAAACUGAAGGAAGAAGUGAAGAAAAUGAUUUGUGAUAUCAAUAAUUCAUAUCAAAAACUGACUUUGAUUGAUGCAAUUCAACGCCUUGGUGUCGCCUACCACUUUGAAAUGGACAUAGAAAAAGAAUUACAUCAGAUGUAUGAUGAAAAAAUCGAUAACAAUGAUAAUGGUGAUAAUCUCCGUGCUACUGCUCUCCGAUUUCGACUACUAAGGCAACAAGGGUAUAAUGUGUCAUCUGAUGUGUUUAGAAAGUUUAAAGACAAUGAGGGUAAGUUCAAGGCAACAUUUAGUAGUGACAUUUGGGGUUUAUUAAGUUUAUAUGAAGCAGCAUACCUUGGUAUACAUGGGGAUGAUAUACUAGAUGAAGCCAUUAUCUUCACCACCAAGCAACUCAAGUUGGCAUUGCCGCAUCUUACCUCUCCCCUAAGAAAGCUAGUAGAACUCGCAUUAGAAGUGCCACUUUGCAAGCGCAUUGAGAGGCUACAGUCAAGAUACUACAUCUCAAUCUAUGAGGAAGACAAGGAACGAAGUGAUGUACUAUUGGAGUUUGCAAAGUUAGAUUACAAUUUAUUACAGUCCUUGCACAGGAGGGAGCUAAGAGAAAUCUCAAUCUGGUGGAAGGAAAAAGACUUUGCUGGAAAGCUUCCAUUCGCCAGAGAUAGAGUGGUGGAGUGCUACUUUUGGAUAUUAGGAGUGUACUUCCAGCCACAUUAUUCACGAGCUAGAAGGAUGAUGACAAAAAUGAUAGCCUUAACAUCAGUUAUGGAUGACAUUUACGACGUAUAUGGUACAUUGGAGGAGCUUGAACUAUAUACCACUACACUUGAAAGGUGGGAUCGUGGGGAUAUCGAUCAGCUGCCAGACUACAUGAAAGUACAUUUUGUGGCACUCUUAGAUGUGGUCGAUGCAUUUGAGGAUGAACUAAAUCGGGAGGGAAAAUCAUACCGUGUGCACUACUUAAAGGAAGCGUUUAAAAAUCUGAACAAAGCCUACUUAGACGAAGCAAGAUGGGCUAGUUCAGGAUACGUGCCAACCCUUGAGGAGUACAUGCGUGUUGCUUUAAUGAGUUCUGGUUAUCCUAUGCUUUCUGUGGCAUCCCUCGUUGGCAUGGAUGAAGUCGUAACAAAGGAGGUCCUUGAGUGGGCCAUCCAUGUACCACCAAUGAUUAGGACUUGUUCUACAGUUGCCCGACUAAUGGAUGACAUCCCAUCAAACAAGCUUGAACAAGAGAGACAGCAUGUUGCAUCAGCAGUAGAGUGCUACAUGAAAGAGCAUGCAAUCUCGUACGAAGAGACUAUUCAAAAGCUCCAAGAAAUGGUUGCACAAGGAUGGAAAGACAUCAACAAGGAAUGCCUUAAACCCACUCCAGUUCCUAUGGCUGUGAUUAUCCGGGUCCUGAAUCUUGCACGCGUGCUCGAAGUCGUAUACCAGCAUGGAGACCUAUACACCAAUUCCAACGUUGAGACCAAAGAACGGAUUACAAAGGUGCUUGUGGAACCCAUCCCGCUUUGAGAUGAUGGGGCAUGCUCUAUCUUGUUAUACAUCGACCGUUAAUCUUGUGAUGUGUCGGCGGCAAGAGCCUACCUGAUAUUAGCUUUAUUGAAUAAAGAAAUGGUGCAAUUAUA